AUGGAUAAGCCUCGACCGUGCGGGUGCAAGGGGCGCAGAACCUGCAUUUUAUGCGAAAAGGAAUACAACAUAUCUCCAGAGAACACUCAUUUGAACUUGGAGAAUGGUUCGUACAUGUACUGCCCUUGGUGCAAGAAGGCUUGGCCUGGCUGGGAUUUGAACGAGUACAAGCGUCACCCUGAUCACACCGGAAACCCGUUGCAUUUCCCUGGAAUCUUCAUUGAUCUAGAUUUCCUUUCAAAGACGGAAGAACUGGAACUCGCUUCUAGCCUUGAUAAUUUGCCAUGGGACUCAUCACAGAGUGGGCGCAGGAAACAAAACUUUGGGCCAAAAUGUAAUUUUAAAAAACGAAAACUAAGACUGGGUGAUUUCAAGGGCUUUCCAGAAACAACAAAGUUUGUCCAAGAAAAAUUUGAAAAAAUUCCCAUCAUGAAAGGAUUUCAAACGGUAGAACAGUGUUCCUUAGAGUAUACUCCUGAAAGAGGUGCCUCAAUAGAUCCACAUAUUGAUGACUGUUGGAUUUGGGGUGAAAGAAUAGUGACUGUUAACUUACUUUCAGAUUCUGUACUCACAAUGAGUUACAAUGAUAAACCUACAAGGUAUAAUCUAGAUUGUGUAGAAACUUAUCCUGCUGUACUUGAUGGACAUGGUGAACUUAGUGAUAGUAAUGAGCCAUUUAAAGUAAGACCAUUGAAUGGUCAAAUUUCAUUUCCAAUAGUAAGGAUUCCAAUGCCUUGUAGAUCAUUACUAGUUAUGUAUGGGUCAGCUAGGUAUAAUUGGGAGCAUCGUAUCUUGAGGGAAGAUGUUAAAAUAAGGAGAGUUUGUUUGGCUUAUAGGGAAUUUACACCACCAUAUUUGAAAGAUGAUAAAUCUAAACAUGUUUUGUUGGAAGCUAAAAACUUUUGGUAA